CAGUCACAAACCACUCGCACCAGCACGACUUUCUACCACUUUCGUUUUCAACUGCUUCUCUCCAUAUUUCACGUGUGAGAAUGAAUCAGCGUGAUUUUAUGAUCUGAAGAAAAGAGUGGGUGAUAUCGAGAAUCUGUCGACCUUGACUUCCGUUAUCCGCAGUAUGAUCAUAUCUGAGCCUGCGAGUCGUAUUUUGCGAUGGUGUUCGCCAAAAGGAAAAGUUAGUUGAUCAUGAGUGUUUCACACUGGGCCCUCCUUCUGAUUUUAAUUUACAAAGAGAUCACUUUAGGCAUUGGGCAGGCUCACAACGAGACGCAGGUGAAAAACAUCAACGACCUUUAUGUAACGACAUCAUGCAUUGAUCCUCCUUUCGUGUGUCCACAUCCAAGAAUACAAUUUUUCCUAUAUACCAGGUACACACAGAAGAACCCUGAACUUCUAGACACGACGAAUCCCGAAUCCCUGUACAAUAGCCAUUUUAAUCCUGCACAUCCUACAAAAGUGAUUAUACACGGUUUUCAGGGUGGAAGAAAUUUUUCCCCGAGCACUGAUUUAAGAGAUGCUUAUUUUAAAAGAGGAGACUACAACAUAAUCAUAGUCGAUUAUUCGACCCUCGUUCGUCUGCCAUGCCUGAGUCAGAUGCAGUGGUCGCCAGGAUUCUGUGCUCAAUGCAUCGCCCAGAUGGUGUAUUAUCUGUCUCAGCACCCUCGAGGAAUUCAGCCGGAGAAGCUCCACCUGAUGGGGUACAGCAUAGGAGCCCACAUUGCUGGUCUUACAGCUAAUUACUUAGAAGGAGCCAAACUGGGGCGCAUAACAGGGCUCGACCCAACAAUUAUAUUUUACAUGGGUACCAACCGUUCGCAUGACUUGGAUCCGACCGAUGCAAAUUUUGUAGACGUUAUUCACACUGGAGCUGGAAUUUUAGGGCAGUGGGGACCAAACGGACACGCAGACUUUUAUGUAAACGGUGGAACGAGUCAGCCCGGGUGCUUAAGCACAAGCAUAAUCAAAACACUCUCUUGUGAUCAUACAAAAGUGACUCCGUAUUUUAUCGAGUCGAUAAACAGCAAAACUGGAUUUUGGGCUGUUCCUUGUCCAAACAGAUUCUCAUACAAUCUUGGCCUUUGUAAACCGUCCAAUAUUAACGAAUACGUCCUUAUGGGCGAACAUUUGUCUCAUAAGGCUCGAGGCAUUUUUUACCUUUCAACUAAUGCGAACAAACCUUAUGCAAAAGGUUUUCCAGGUUGAAAUCACUGAACAGUCUUUAAUGUAUAUUUUCUAGUUAGCAAAGUCUUAUAUGAAAAAAAAAAUUAUAUUAGUUCACAUUGAAUUAAUAUUAAACACA